AUGCGCAUUGAGCGUGGCUCCGUGCAUCGGGACAUGCUUGGCGCCCGCGCCCAAUAUGCACCUCCGAGUCACCGCCCCCGUCUUCGCCGCAUACACCUCGCAUGUAAGCUUCCGUUUUUCAGUGCGACAGGCAGCACACAGAAUCUGCAGAAGUUCCUUCAAGUUGCAUCGUCCAACGUGACACACCUCCGCAUCACUGUCCUCCCACCCUUGUGGCACAUGCAUGUCGCGAAGACCGUUUUCGAUGACUGCGUAGAACUUGAGUUUCUCGAAGAUCGUCUCAGAGAGUGUGUCACUUGGUCAUCCGGUGUCUAUCCGAACGCAGGCCCCGAGGAACUCCCGAUGCCGCGUAUCUUACCGGACUCCCUCCAAGUGUUUGCGCUCCAGCCUCCGCCUUUCGUGUCCGGCCGCAACGAACCUGUGCAACGAACCUGUUUGGAGGAGCAGGAAUUAUCGGAACUAUACUCUGCCAUGGAGCAAGCGGCUGGUGGGCAUUUUGUUUACAUCCCCAGUCAUAACUGGGGGCCUUGUGAUGCCGAGGCUGAUUGGUUGGAUCGCAUUUGUGGGAGACCGGGGUGCUGGAAGGAUCGGGAGGACGGCAAGACGCGUCUUAGUUUGGAUAUGCGUGAACAGCGUCCGCAGGAAGAGGACAUACCGAGGCACUGGCUCAGGAGGAAGUUUUUGUACAUGAAGGCAAUGCUGAAGAAGUUGAAGUCUUGA